UGCAGCCCCUUCCCCGCCUGCUGGGCUAAAGAAUAUGACAGAUACCUAGCAUCUAGCAAAACGAUGGCAGCAGCUUACCUCGAUCCCAACUUGAAUCACACACCAAGUUCGAGUGCAAAGACGCAUCUCAGCAGUGGGAUGGAGCGUUCCCCGGGGACCAUGGAACGAGUCUUAAAGGUCUUUCACUACUUCGAAAACAGCAGUGAACCAACGACGUGGGCCAGCAUUAUCCGGCACGGAGAUGCUACUGAUGUCCGAGGCAUAAUUCAGAAGAUUGUGGACAGUCACAAGGUGAAAAACGUGGCCUGCUACGGGUUGCGGCUCAGUCACCUGCAGUCUGAGGAGGUUCACUGGCUGCACCUGGACAUGGGGGUGUCCAAUGUGAGAGAGAAGUUUGAACUGGCCCACCCUCCCGAGGAAUGGAAAUAUGAAUUGAGAAUCCGAUAUUUACCAAAAGGAUUUCUAAACCAGUUCACUGAGGACAAGCCAACACUAAAUUUCUUCUAUCAACAGGUGAAAAAUGACUACAUGUUGGAAAUAGCAGAUCAAGUGGACCAGGAAAUUGCUUUGAAGCUAGGUUGCCUCGAAAUCCGGAGAUCCUACGGAGAGAUGAGAGGCAAUGCAUUAGAAAAGAAGUCCAACUAUGAAGUGUUAGAGAAAGACGUUGGCUUAAGACGGUUUUUCCCGAAGAGUUUACUAGAUUCAGUAAAGGCCAAAACACUACGAAAAUUAAUCCAACAAACGUUUCGACAAUUUGCCAACCUCAACAGAGAAGAAAGCAUUUUGAAAUUCUUUGAGAUCCUCUCCCCGGUGUACAGAUUUGACAAGGAAUGCUUCAAAUGUGCCCUUGGGUCAAGCUGGAUUAUUUCGGUAGAGCUCGCGAUUGGCCCAGAAGAAGGAAUCAGUUACCUGACAGACAAGGGCGCUAACCCAACUCACCUGGCAGAUUUUAAUCAAGUGCAGACUAUUCAGUAUUCAAAUAGUGAAGACAAGGACAGAAAAGGGAUGUUACAACUCAAGAUAGCAGGUGCACCUGAGCCUCUGACAGUGACAGCCCCAUCCUUAACCAUUGCAGAGAACAUGGCUGACCUGAUAGACGGAUAUUGCCGCCUGGUGAACGGAGCCACCCAGUCCUUCAUCAUCAGGCCACAGAAAGAAGGUGAAAGAGCGUUACCAUCAAUACCCAAGCUGGCCAACAACGAGAAGCAGGGAGUGCGGGCGCACACGGUGUCCGUGUCAGAUGAAAUUAGUGGGGACGAAACAGAUGACUAUGCGGAGAUUAUAGAUGAAGAAGAUACUUACACAAUGCCCUCAAAAAGCUAUGGAAUAGAUGAAGCCAGGGAUUAUGAAAUUCAACGGGAGAGAAUUGAGCUGGGGCGCUGCAUCGGUGAAGGUCAGUUUGGAGAUGUGCACCAAGGAGUUUACAUGAGUCCAGAAAAUCCAGCUAUGGCUGUUGCAAUCAAAACCUGUAAAAACUGCACCUCAGACAGCGUUAGAGAAAAGUUCUUACAAGAAGCCUUAACGAUGCGUCAGUUUGAUCAUCCUCACAUCGUGAAGCUCAUUGGAGUUAUCACAGAAAACCCCGUUUGGAUCAUCAUGGAGCUCUGUACGCUGGGCGAGCUGAGAUCGUUUUUGCAAGUAAGAAAAUACAGCUUGGAUCUGGCCUCUUUGAUACUCUACGCAUACCAGCUUAGCACAGCACUUGCCUACUUAGAGAGCAAGAGAUUUGUACAUAGGGAUAUUGCUGCUAGAAAUGUGCUGGUGUCUGCCACUGACUGUGUGAAAUUGGGUGAUUUUGGGUUAUCCCGAUAUAUGGAAGACAGUACUUACUAUAAAGCUUCCAAGGGCAAGUUGCCCAUCAAAUGGAUGGCUCCAGAGUCAAUCAACUUCCGACGCUUUACCUCAGCUAGCGAUGUGUGGAUGUUUGGUGUGUGUAUGUGGGAGAUCCUCAUGCACGGCGUGAAGCCCUUCCAGGGGGUGAAGAACAACGACGUGAUCGGCCGCAUCGAGAAUGGCGAGCGCCUGCCCAUGCCUCCAAACUGCCCUCCCACCCUCUACAGCCUUAUGACCAAGUGCUGGGCCUACGACCCGAGCCGGCGACCCAGGUUUACUGAACUCAAAGCACAACUCAGCACAAUCCUGGAGGAGGAGAAGCUGCAGCAGGAGGAGCGGAUGCGAAUGGAGUCGCGGCGGCAGGUCACCGUGUCCUGGGACUCGGGAGGAUCCGAUGAAGCCCCUCCCAAGCCCAGCCGGCCUGGUUACCCCAGCCCAAGAUCCAGCGAGGGAUUUUAUCCGAGCCCGCAGCACAUGGUCCAGCCAAACCAUUACCAGGUGUCCAGCUAUCCGGGCUCUCAUGGGAUACCUGCCAUGGCGGGCAGCAUUUACCCCGGGCAAGCGUCGAUCCUGGACCAAAGCGAGUCCUGGAACCAUCGGCCUCAAGAAAUAUCCGCGUGGCAACCAAACGUGGAGGAUUCGGGCCCCUUGGACAUACGAGGAAUGGGGCAGAUUCUUCCCACACAUCUCAUGGAGGAGAGAUUGAUACGACAGCAGCAGGAGAUGGAAGAAGAUCAGCGUUGGCUUGAAAAAGAGGAGCGAUUCCUGAAACCCGACGUGCGGCUCUCCAGGGGCAGCAUCGACCGCGAGGAUGGAGGGCUCCAGGGCCCGACUGGUAACCAGCACAUAUACCAGCCCGUGGGUAAACCAGAUCAUGCAGCUCCACCAAAGAAGCCUCCCCGUCCUGGAGCUCCCGGGCACCUGGGCAGCCUUGCGAGCCUGAGCAGCCCUGUGGAGAGCUACAACGAGGGGGUGAAGCCGUGGAGGAUCCAGCCGCAGGAGAUCAGCCCUCCUCCCACCGCCAACCUGGACCGCUCCAACGACAAGGUCUACGAGAACGUCACCGGGCUCGUCAAGGCCGUCAUCGAGAUGUCCAGCAAGAUCCAGCCGGCGCCGCCGGAGGAGUACGUGCCCAUGGUGAAGGAGGUCGGUUUGGCGCUGAGGACUUUGCUGGCGACAGUGGAUGAGACGUUGCCCGUGCUCCCUGCGAGCACCCACCGCGAGAUCGAGAUGGCCCAGAAGCUGCUCAACUCGGACCUGGCCGAGCUCAUCAACAAGAUGAAGCUGGCGCAGCAGUACGUGAUGACGAGCCUGCAGCAGGAGUACAAGAAGCAGAUGCUGACGGCCGCGCACGCCCUGGCCGUGGACGCCAAGAACCUGCUGGAUGUUAUCGACCAGGCCAGGCUGAAGGUGAUCGCGCAGAUGAGGCCGCACUAGGCGCCGCGGGAGGAGGU